AGUACACGCCCACGUCAAAUAAACCCGUCGACUGUAAUCCUCACUGUACACAGCGGGAUCCUCUGCGGGUAUUUUCUGCUUCUCUAUACGCUGGUACGAUAUAAAGCGAUACAAAUGGACAACUCCGGCAAAGAGAAGGAGGCGAUUCAGCUAAUGGCCGAUGCUGACAAAAAAGUCAAGUCCUCUGGCUCCUUUUUGGGAGGGAUGUUUGGAGGAGGACCUCACAAAGUGGAGGAAGCAUGUGAGAUGUACUGCAGAGCAGCCAACAUGUUCAAGAUGGCCAAGAACUGGAGCGCUGCUGGAGGAGCUUUUUGCAAGGCGGCACGUAUCCAUAUGCAGCUGCAGAACAAACACGAUUCAGCCACCAGUUUCAUCGAUGCUGGAAACGCUUACAAGAAGUCCAACCCUAAUGAGGCUAUCAAGUGUUUUAAUGCUGCCGUCGAUAUAUACACAGACAUGGGAAGAUUCACCAUCGCAGCCAAACACCACAUCAGUAUCGCAGAAAUCUACGAGUCUGAAUUAGUGGAUAUUGAAAAGGCGAUUGCACAUUAUGAACAAGCUGCAGACUACUACAAAGGAGAAGAAUCCAACAGUUCUGCCAACAAGUGUCUGCUGAAGGUGGGGGCUUACUGUGCUCAGUUGGAACAGUACCAGAAGGCUAUUGAGAUCUAUGAACAGGUCGGAGCUAACACAAUGGACAACCCAUUGCUGAAAUACAGCGCCAAAGAAUAUUUCUUCAAAGCCUCCCUCUGUCAUUUCAUCGUCGACGAACUCAACGCUAAGAUUGCUGUUGAAAAGUACGAGGAGAUGUUCCCGGCUUUCUCAGACUCUCGAGAAUGCAAACUGUUGAAGAAACUUCUUGACGCUCAUGAGGAACAGAACAGCGAGGGUUUCACAGAGGCGGUAAAAGAAUUUGACUCGAUCUCACGUCUGGACCAGUGGCACACAACUCUCCUGCUGCGUAUCAAAAAGACCAUCGCGGGUGAUGAAGGGGAUCUGAAAUGAAAGAAACCGGGGGGUAAAAUCGCAGCACGGAGGGACAAAUCCAUCACGCAUGCUUUCACACUCACACACAACAACACACGCGCACACAAAAACACACACACACACACACACUCUUUCACUCACUGCACUGUGUAUAGCGCCCGGAGAGCGUCCCGGCUGGUUAUUUCUUGAUUUUUCACUGCUCACUGCUUCACUGUCAAGAGUACUAUCUUUGCUUCCUUACAUGCAGAUCUGAGUCUAGUCAGAAUGUAAAUCCUCUCGCCCUCACCUCUUGUCUAGAGGAUUGCUGCAUACCUCCUCUGCUGACUCGUCCCGUCAGAGCUCAGAGUGGUAUCUCGUAUUGACACUGAUGUUAGUAUUAACGACAAGCACUGCAUGUUUUGUAUCAUUAUUGUUUCUUAGGCAAACGCAGCUUGCUUUGUUUUUUAAACCUAGUUUAUGAAUAUUUAAACACAUUAAGAUGUUUCAGUUUGUUGUACAUAAGAUUACCAGUAUCAGUGGAUUUUAUUUUUUUGUGUCAGAUUAGAAGAAAGGGAAUCAUAAGUAUAUCAGGAUUGUACUUCAAACUUAGGUCAUCAGAGCUACAAAAGUGAUUCUGUUAUCAAGCCAUGAGGAGAGACUCUUCUAGAAGAAGGGCGAUGAUAUGCACCAAGUGUAGACUGUUAAACAUUUGUAUCCAAUCACAGCCAUUCCAUUUCCAUCACUUCUUUGAUGAUUCAUUUAUCAUUAUGAAUUAUGUGCGUUAUUUUACGUUGAAUGUUUGACUCUGUAAGCUGUGAUUUAUAGUUUGCCUGUGAAAAAUGUAUUUUGGAAUCGAAAGCACUGAUGUGGAAACCCUUCCUCCUUCUAUCCAGGGAAUUUAAUCUGUGGGGGGUUUAAUGUGCAUCAUUAGUCACUCAUCUCUUGCCGUGUUGUGUCGUGAACUAAUGAUGGAGGUUUUACCGCAGUGCACCCUCCAUGUGGGACAGUCGCUAAGCAUGUCAUUGUGUAUAGUUUAGUGUUGUGGUACAUUCACUAGUGUAAGCCAGACCAAAGUUUUUACUAAAGGGUCAGUCGCCCUGCGUAUCCAGCUUCUUCCAGGUGGAAUGACUAUGGACCUUGGAUAUGAUGUGUAUGCUUGUGCAAAGGGACGAUAAUAAAGAUAUUAUAUCCCA